CCACUUGGUGAAAUUGGCUCCCGAGUUGCCCCCUGUAAACCUUCCUCCUUCUGUUCGUGUGGUUUCUCAAACUGCUUUUAAAGGGUUCCGGUGUGGUACGUCUAAAGUUUAUCCUCCUGGAGGUGGUGUAGCUGUUUCUAGAGAAGAUCAUUUUGCUUCUCAAAUUCGUCAUGGCGAGAAAUCUGAAAAUGUUCAUCCUGUUAUAGGUGCAAAGCCUGCAUUGAAUGACACUGUCACAGAUUCUCAGUCAGAAAGAUUUGAAACUGUCGAAGGCAGAUCUAUUCAGGCAGAAAAAGGUACCUGUACCGAUCUUGAGAUGCAUCCUCUCUUGUUCCAGGUCACUGAAGAUGGCAAUGUGCCUUAUUACCCAUUGAAAUUUAGUUCUGGCACUUCUAGUUCCUUCAGCUUCUUCUCAGGAACCCAACCACAAUUAAAUCUCAGUCUCUUCCAUAGCUCUCAGCAACAAAGCCACAUUGAUUGUGCUAACAAGUCCUUAACAUCAAAAAGUUCCAUUCUAAGAUCUGGAGGCAUUGAUUUUCAUCCACUUCUACAGAAAUCUGGUGAUGCACAAUCACCUAAAUUUGAUUCCAAUAAGCUUGAAUCACUGGGCACUAGUGGUGUGUUGGCAAUAGCGAAUAGAUCUUCUGGCCUUACUGACAAAUCUAAUGAACUUGAUUUGGAGAUUCACCUUAGUUCUGUAUCUGGAAGGCAGAAAUCUGUGAAAAGUAGACAGGCAAAGGCACAUGAUCCAGCAGGGUCCAAAAAAACUGUAGCAAUUAGUGGAAUAGCGAGGGAAUCUCUAGAGGACAGUCCUCAUGGUCAGCAGGGUGGGGAAAAUGUUUCAGCAAGCGGUCGUGGGCUGGCUUCAAGUUACCCUUUGGUUGAUCCUAAUGAUAACAUUGCCAGAUAUGAUGUAGAUGAUAUCGGUGAUCAGUCUCAUCCUGAGAUAGUGAUGGAGCAGGAGGAGUUAAGUGAUUCUGAGGAAGAUAUGGAAGAACAUGUAGAGUUUGAGUGUGAGGAGAUGACUGAUUCUGAUGGAGAGGACGGUUCUGGCUCUGAACAAGCUCAUGACGUUCAAAAUAAGGAGGUCUCAAUUUCUUCUGAAGAAAAUGUUGUAAAGUAUAUGGCUUGCAUGAAAAAAAUCAGGUGAGCCAAGGGCCAAUUCUGAUGCUCAAGUUGAUGGCGGUCUCCUUACAAAUAAUACAGCUUUGACAAAUGAGGAACAAGAUGACCGAAGUAGUUCUUCAUGGCUAAGUUUAGACUGUGCUCGGCACGUAAUCCUGUACUUUCAGAGUCCAUACUUGGACACGGUACAAGUAUGAUUGGGGAAGCUUCUGCUUCUAGAAACUUCUCAAUUGGUAAAGUUGUCACAGAGGAGAGACAUACCAUAGACAUAGUACAACAGCCAACUGUUGGUCCUCACGUGUCUACCACUCCACGAAUACCCAGGAAGCGUUUUGGCAAACCAAAUGCAAAUUUAAAUAUAGGUCUGACUGUUGAAAGAUCAAGCAAUGAUGGUAAUAAUGAAAAUGGUUGAUUUAAAUAUUCUGGCAAGUGGGGUUCGAUAAGGAUUGACUAUCGAAAGGUCAGGCCACCAUGGGUUGAUUGUAAUGUUCUGUCAAAUGGAGUGCAAAUAUAAUUGAAUUUUGCACGGUCACGCCAUGAUGAUAAUGUGGAAGUUCGUUGAUUGGUGCACCAUCUGAACUAACUGAGCUUGUUUUUGUUGUUGUUGCUUGGCAUCUAAUAUUGUUGUUGCUAGUGCUGGACGACAGUUAACAAGAAAAUAAUGGGAGAAUCUUCAAUUUUUUGGACGUGCUGCACUAAGAAUUGAGACUUUAAUUUUGAACUAUUGUUACUAGCAAUGGUUGAAGGUAUAUUGUCUUUGUAAAUAUGUUGCUAGAGGUCAUGGGCAAAAUUGGCCUUGGUUCUUUUCUUAUGGUGGAAGUAAUGAAUUGUAUAUGCUAACCUUAUUACUGUUAACUAAUUCUGAUGUCCCAACAAGUAAUGUUCAAGAAUGUGCCCAGAGCAUGUUGGCAAGCAAUCCUUUGGACUUUCCUUUUCA